AAGGUGAUUAGGUUCAGCCAAAUCACCUGAAUGUCAAAAUCGUUCGUUUGAUACCACAUCUUGCUUCUCAAUGGAAGUGUAACAAACGCCUCCGGUGCCUGAGGACUCCGCCGAAGCAUGCACCGCCGGAGCCCCCUAUUGACUGUGAAUCACGAACUCUGUGAACUCUAUUGUGUUUUGGGGUCGCGCUGUGGCUCCGGAAACACGCCUGUAAUUGGACACCUAUUUUGCGGAUGCGGCCGGGUGCAGAACAAUAAGGAUUGGCGCGCCCGGGAAAAAUCAAUUGGGCCACUGCCAAAAUCUAGGGAAUGUAAUUGUGCUGAUGACGAAUGUACUGCACAUAUAGAGUAGUCUGGGAAAAGUCGUGAAGAAGGAAGGCCGAAUAAAUGUGUUGUGUUCUGUGAAGAAAAACCCACGAAGGUCUACGCUACAGAAACAUAAUAAGAUUGACUCACGUCUUUGGGAAAGAAAAAAAGUUAUGCAGUCAAGCUGGAAAAGGACCUAACAGUUUCAGUCAUGAAAUAGCCUUUGCAGUGUUCGCCAGCCCGUGCAUCUCAGCGAACAAGAUUCAUCUUGUCCCUGCCUUAACGCACACGGUCACUUACGAAAAAUGUAGUUUCACACGUACAUUAUUCUUAUUAUUGUAUCGGCGUAGUUGAAGUUGUACGGGGCUUCUCGUUGCUAUCGUCGUUUAGUUGCAUGUACUUCAGUUGGACUUUCUCUUCCUUACCCUCGAAGAAACUCACUGCGACUCCUUUGUCUUCGUCAAUUUGCAAAGCGAGUUUGUUCAACGAUGGAGGAUUUGUCUUACCGCUUGUUGCUUCUGCUGUGUUUCCUGCACUGGGCGUUUUCCUUUAGGGACGACCCACCCAUCUGUACAAGUACCGACCCUGCCAGACGAUGCUUCUGCAGGUAUGUCCCUUAUCGCCAGGAGCGCUUCUUCGCUCUGACGGUCUCGUGUGGGGUCAGUUCGGCCGGAUUUAAUUUCUCAGAAUUAGCCCUCCUGAACUUUUCCGCAGUGUUUCCGUGGACUCUGCGUUUCCACUCGUGGCGUGACGGCGGGAAUUAUACGAAAAAUCUGUUGAUCAUCCCGGCCAACGCCAUUCCGUCCUCGGCUAACGUAACACCGUUCGAUUUAGCCACUGAUGGCGUUCACCUCCUAUCGAUCGAGAAGGGGGCAUUUGCUGGUCGGACUAUCAAGGGUCUCAAGUUCUACAGAACUGAAAUGACCAGACUGCCCUUAGAGAGUUUUCGAGACCAGAAGAUGAACUUAGAAUAUGUUGAAAUAGUCGGGGUACGUCAGAGGAGCGGCGAGCCGAUUGAACCUCCGCGUUUCCACUCGUUUCAAGCUCUAAAAGAUAUUACUAUUAAUGCCUUGCCGAUGGUUUCCAAGUUUCUACCUGACGGUUUCCUGAAUGACUUACCCUCCUUGGAAUCUUUAACCCUCAUUUGGGUUCGGGUUGUGCGCGUUUCACCAGGUGCAAUCCGGAAUGUUCCCGCUCUAAAGAAACUUAUAAUAGUUAGUGGCGAGUUGGAGCGCGUACCGAUUAAUUUAUUAUCUCACCUCUCUAGCCUAACUCUCUUAGAACUGUCCAAUAACAACAUCAGUACGGUAUAUGCCACGGACGUAGACGCCCUGAUGAGGCUACCUUCUCUUGAAAAAGUUUACUUGUUCGACAACCCUUUCAGUUGCACAUGUGAAUUGUACUCGUUUAUUAACCUGUUGCACGGUGAGCCUCCAUUUUCUUUAACUUCGAAUUUAUAUGGGGAAUAUCUCUGUAGCAGUCCCCAAACCCUUCAGGGCAAAUACCUUUCUGACUUGAGUCUCCUCACGUAUGUGGAACUUAAUUGUACCGGAGAAAGCACUGCAAAACCUGUGAACUACACAACGCGGGAUUUGCCGGAUUUUGUAGACUCCUCCACAGUCGCGCGGCUGGCUGCCCCAAUUAUCUCAGCCAUUGUGUUGCUUGGAAUAGCAUUUACAGCCGUGGUUGUGAUAUUCCACAGAAAGAUAAAUUUGAAGUGGGUCGGGUUGUUUAGGAGAUUUGGUCCUCAUCAUCACAGGGGUGAUGAAGCUGAUAAUACAAGAUACCAAUACGACGCUUACAUCUGCCAUCAUGGCGACAUGGAAGAGUUUAUCUCCGAACAAAUGAUUCCACGUCUCGAGGGGGAGCCCAAUAAUUUCCGCCUGUGUGUGUCUUUUCGCGAUUUCCUUGUCGGUACCAAUAAGUUGGAUAAUGUGGCGACUGCAAUGACGGAGAGUCGGUUGGUGAUCGUUCUCCUAGACGCCAACUUCAUCGCCAGCGGCCAGUGCGUGCUCGAGUUAAAUAUGGCGUGUUCCAGGAUGAUGGAUGCCGGCGCCGGCGUAGGUGCAGUUCCAGCCGCCGCAGCAGUUAACGCCCCUGUCUUGGAUCGGGCGACAGGCAUCCUUCUGGUGUUGCUUGACGCUCUUCCGGUGGAUGCACUGCCAACCACCUUGACGGUACUUCGAGACAAGAUCACGUGCCUGGAAUGGAGGCCAGAGGAAGAGGAAAGAUGCUGGCAACAACUCCUAGCCUCCAUUUGGGCUGGUAGACAGGAGCAGAUUCAGGCUUUCGAAAUCCAAGAUUAGACAGAGCAUCCAUUUUUUCAUUUCCUUGGUUCUCAUUUCGAUAGACUUGUUUCUGGGUUUCGAUCCAAAAUAUUCAAAGAGAGUGGGCCCGACAUUUUGAUCCUAGCAGAAUUUUUUUCUUGUCUGGCUCACCCGUCCAUGCUAUUUCCCGAAAUUGUGGGCAUUAGCUAGUUUGCAAAAGUUUAUCAUGUGUAAUGCAAAAGAAAAAUAUCGACGCUUGCAAAAAGUAUACUGGAAAAUAAGGGGGGAAAGUUAAUAAAAAAGAUCUCAGAAGAGGCUUAGGUGAUACCUCUCGUUAUAGUAAACGCGUUUAUAAUUAUCGUUACGUCGUAGGUUUGUAGCAAUUAAAACAACCCCGGGAGUCGAUUAGUUCCCUGGUACGGAAUUUAUAACGUACACAAAUUUGCCGAAAAUUGCCUGUUGUUUUGUAUACGCAUAUAUCACUGGAAAGAAGGUUCAGUCUUGGGUUUAUUAGAGUAAGCUUGUUUUUAAUCACGUACCGGUAUAGUUCCAUUUUCCUGGCCAAGAAAGUGUUCUUUGUUUGAAAGGAAAGAGGUAGAAGACGCACAUUUUCUUGUUCGCAAUUUCACUCAAGAACUUCUUGUACUCAUGGGAGUGUGGGAACUGCGAAGCACUACAACCUUGCGAUUGAGUUGAAACUCACUUUCGAAACAAGAUUUAAUUUACUUUGAAAACGUAACCCAAACUGAAAUCAGGUGGAAGAGAUGUGAUAAGAUGCAUCAUAAUUAAUUUGUACAUUACAGGAGACGGAGAAUUGUUUUUGAAUGUCUUGCUUCCUAUCAGUGGGAUCGUAAUGCAGUGACGGCAUAGUUCAUUACUCAUUAAAAACAGGCGUAGGAACAUCAACAUAUGCCAAGUUUCAAGCACGAUAGUAAUCGAAGCUCGACAGCGAACGAAAAAGUAGGAAAUCAUUAGGCGUGUAUCUUGGCGUAUUAAGGCCGCUUUCCAUAUGCACGUCAACACUCUUGCCAAGCGUUACAUAUCCGUUCGCGGGGUGAUUUUGACGGCUGAACGCAACGCAUACGUGUUUUAUGUUGAUGUUUUAUGUUGUUGAGUCGGAAAAUAACGUUGGCUUAUAAAAACACUGACUUGAGAGUUCGUAUGGAUCACCGAGACAGUAUUAUUGUACAGAUGAGCAUCAGGCCCAACGGAAUGCGGUGUGCAACGUGUUAUUUUGAACGUUCGCACAAAAGGCGCUUGAUGUACGGGCAUUCAUUAUACAUGUACUCAUAUCCAUUCUCGUGAGAAGGUGUUAAACGAGUAAGAACAGCUAAGCACAUGCUUAUUCCCUAAUUAAUUCAGUGAAACUCGCAUCUGGAAGGCCUAUGGCAUACCAGUAAUAAUGCGUUAACCUUUCACUUUUGCAUGACUUGAAAUUUUGCUUUGUGGUGAAUUGUUGGUUUAUUCAGCAAUAUUCCUCUAUUAGUACAAAAAGCUUCGGCAUCCGGACUAAUGUUAAUUCAACACUACUACCGUAUCCGGUGAGGUCACCUGGUGCCAGGCAUUGGUUGUCCUUGCAAAAUCCUUGGAAAGUCCCUUAAUAGGCAAUUUUAGUUUUGUGUUUUGUUUUAGUUAGAUUUUUUUUUUACUUUCUUUUUCAUUCCUGAUUGUUCGACAACCAUUCUUUUGAAACUUAUUUUCGAAUCUUCUCUUUCUUUUGGCAGAAUCAUGUACGCCAGAAUGUUGAGAGACAUCGAAGGCGCGCGUUUCCGCGCACAUUUGUGUAACUUGAACGCCGACCGUCAAAAAUCACGUGACUGAAAAUCCUUUGUUGGUCUUCUAUCCGGUUCGUGAGUGACUUCGUCACAAAGGCGGACGCGCCACGAUUCGCAGGCUCCCAUUGGACGAUCGCAGUAGUUGCCUGUUAACUUCCGUUUCCGUUCCAUGGUUCCACAUAAACGGCAAUCGUUGCAUGUAACUCUAGGUGCAGUGCAUGUGCAGUGGGCGUGGUUUAAACUGAAGUGACGUUACACUUACGAACCGGAUAGGGGGCCUAUCCGCUCCCAGUGGAGCAAAAGAGGGCGUGUUUUGGUUGGUUGGUUGGUUGGUUGAUUUAGAAGUCAAUGCUUCUAAAUUCAUAUGUAUUUGAAUUUAGAAGUCAUAAUAUGUAUUUGAAUUUAGAAGUCAUAAUAAAUACCAGUAAAUCUAGACAGAGUUAACCUUAGGGGCAUGUUCCAUAGACCGAUAGCCCUAUUGCGCUAAAAAGAAAUUCAUAAGUCAAAAUACAGGGAGUUUUAUUGGCAGACCUUGACUCGUAUCACUUCUGGAAGUGACCCAGGAAGUCUUCAGUUUUGACCGUUUGUGUCUGUUACGACAGCUGUAAAUUGCUUAUCUGGUUGAGCAUUAAAUGUAUGUUACUCAAUCCAUUUUAGUUGAAGCAAGAGCGGACAUGUUGGCAGUCAUAAUAAAAUAUGUACACCAUGAA